AUGUUCAGAAUGCUCAGAAAGUUCAUGCAGGCCGGGAGAUUCGCAACUGCUCAAAUUUUGGUUAAAGCAGGUACGGAAAUGCUAAAAGCAGGGGUGGCUUCAACUUUUUCUGGUGGAAAGGUGGAAGAGGGGAAGAAAAAGGCAUCACGACCCAACAUAACAAUAAUAAUAUAUUCUGGCUUGCUGGUAGAUGAUUAA